AUGUGGAGGCUCUUGGCGAGCACAGUUCUCGCAGCAAACGAGGGGGGCGAGCAUGUAGACCAUGUUGGCUCUCUCAAGGGGCUAGACUGGGCCGCCGACGCGUUCAAUUCAUUGUUUCCGCAGCUCGAGGCGGCUGUUGUCCGCGUGAUCGGGUACAGCAAGGGUUUGCCGACGCCGGCAACAUACCUCGACGAGAAGCGCGUGCCUCCAGGCAUCUGGGCCAGCCUGAACGACGUCCUCACCGACUGUAGCCGGACGGCAAGCCUGCUCAACACCUGCACGAAGGCCUUUGACGAUCGCCGGGUCUAUCCCGACGCCGCUAAGCGCGGCCCCGGAUUCAGCGGCCCCAACAACGUCGUUGUCUUUAUGAAGUGGCCUAUCCUGGCCUAUUUGGUCCAGCUGUGGUUCGAGCGAAAGGCAGACGACGGGUUCCACACCACCCUCGCUCACAGCGAUGUACCGGGAGACGAACGCCAGAAUAUCAUCGACUGGUUCGGCUCAAAGUCGGGAUCACCAGAUACGAUACUGGAUCGGGCCAUGGUACGGAGAUCAAUCAUUACGAGUUGA